CGGCAUAGUAAGAAAAGGAAUUUUUCAACGGACCUGAAGGCGACCGAAGAGGAAGAUCAGGCACCAACUAUAGAAGAUAGCAACAACAUUCAAAACGAAAAUAGCACGAUGCCGUCGUCGUCACUGAAUAGUAACGAGGCCUCAACCCAUCCGCAUGCCGAUAGCAAUACGAGCGGCAAAAGCGAGGACGAAAAUGCCCGCAAAGAGCCCCUCCUUAACGUUUUGAGCAUCGACCCGCGCCUCGUCGACAUAUUCGAGCGAAAGGACGAAUUUCUGAACGGAGAAGAGGAYGAGAGCAAGGGAGAUAUAUUGAAUGGAAAUAUUUUUGGCAACCGCAACUUUAUUGAGAUGUUUCGGGGAUCGGCAAACUACAUCGCCACCCAUCGUAACGCGCUGGCGGUCUUCCAUAUCCCCGGCGAUUUGAUGGACGAAAACCCAGCCGGCUUUCGAGAUCUCAUGAACGAUAUUUCAUUGACAUGGUUGCUGGGGAUGAGAAUCGUCAUCGUUGCGGGRUGUCGGUAUCAGAUCAACAAACGACUCAAGGAACAAUCACAAUCAGGWGAGGGCCGCCGUCGUGAACACAUGGGCAUGGUGGUCACCGACGAAGAGUCCCUGAGGAUCGUCAAGGAAGAAGCGGGAUACGUCCGGUUUGAAGUGGAGCGCCAGCUCGCUCGUGCUCUUAAGAGUGGACAUAGCAAUAAGAAUGGUGGUGGCAAUGGAAACGAGAAUGAGGUCGGCGAGGGAAACGUUGUCUCGGGGAACUUUUUUUCUGCCCAACCCUUUGGCGUCUUGGACGGUGUUGAUUACAAAUACAGUGGGUUUGUUCGUCGCAUGGAAACCAAUAAAAUUCACCAGGUUCACAAGAACAGAGACAUUGUUCUCUUGACCACUCUUGGAUUCAGUCCGACGGGAGAGGUCUUUAACGUCAAUUCGGAAUAUCUGGCAGCGUAUGCGGCCGGGACGCUCGGUGCCAGCAAGGUGAUUUACUUCCUCGAAAGGGAUGCCGGCCUCCGGCACAAGAUUCACGGAAGCAUUAUUCAGCACUUGAGGGUCAACGAUGGGCGAAAUCUCUUGGACCUGAAUGGCAUACGAACGGAAAAGAAAGGCUUUGUAUACUUGGACGAUUGYCCCUAUGAUUACGGAGCCGAGCGAUCCUUUUUCAUCAAGAUGGGCUGGGGCAUGAAYGCAUUGGAAGCCGGGGUCAAGCGGGUUCACUUGGUAUCACCAUACCACGGAGCUCUCUUGCAAGAGCUUUAUACGAGAGACGGAUCGGGAACCAUGAUAUCGAACGACUUGUACGAUGGAAUUCAGCCUGCAACGGUGAACGAUGCGAACGCAAUUUUCGAAGUCAUCACUCCCCUUGUCAAAAAAGGAACACUAGUCGAGAGAACAAAGGCUGAGCUUGAGAGGGAUAUCGAACAGUAUCAUGUCUAUACUCGAGAUGAUCUACUAAUUGCAUGUGGUCAAUUAAAAAUGUUUGAAAAUGGGUUUGCCGAAUUYGGAUGCCUCGUGGUCAAUCCUCUCUAUCGAUCCAAAGGAAGAGGCGAUGCAAUGUUAGGAUAUCUGGAGCGAAUUUGCGUGAAAAAUGGAGCCACAAAUAUGUUUGUCUUGAGCACGCAAACCAUGGAGUGGUUUGUGGAACGUGGUUUUGAUGAAGUAGGGGUGGAAUGUCUGCCCCCAAGUCGACAAGCGACGUACAAUCACGACAGGAGAAGCAAGAUUUACAUGAAAAAAGUGAAUAGCGACCGCGACUUGGACGCUAGCGAACUUUUCUGGGAUCGAUAACAAUCUACUUCGAAGUAGAGGCAUUAGAGUGCAUUGAUUUGUGCAACAUAGAAAAGAGAGCAUGCCAAUGAUGAAGUAAUCAAAGAAGCAAAAUAUAUAGCAAACAUSAGU